AUGUCCAUCAACUGGGUAAUGCUCUCGCCCUCCACCACCACCACCACCACCCCACCCUUCACCCCCUUACCAAACGAAACCAUCCUCUUCACCUCCCCGCCCCGAACCGGCCUCAACAUCACCACCCCAGGCCACUAUCCCGCCAAACAACAGAAACCCUACAGUCUUGCCCACGCCUCCGGAAUCCUCUACCUCACCAACCGCCGCAUCAUCUACCUCCCGGACAAACCAACGACGACAUUCCAGUCCUUCGCCGCGCCGAUUCUGAAUCUUCACGAUUCGCACGUCACGGCUCCGUUCUUUGGGCCGAAUGUCUGGAUGGCGUUGUUGCAGCCUACGUCCGGUGGAGGCAUUCCCGUGCCUGGGAGUGGGGUAGUGGAGAUCAAGCUCACGUUCAAAGAAGGCGGGGCAUUCGAUUUCCAUACCGGGUUCGAGAGGGUGAAGGAGCGGUUGGGGCAGGCAAUGGAGGUUGGUCGGAUGGGCGAUGCGUCGGGAUCAGAUGCUGCGGGACGAAGUACUGCGAACGGGAUGCCGGAUGUGGAUUUGGAUGAGCUCCCCGCGUAUCAAGAGGAGAGCUCAGGACCGUUAUUAAGUCCCGUCAUGGUGCCUCCUCCUCCUUCUUCUUCUUCUUCUGCUGCUGCUGCGGCGACGACCUCAGCGGGACCAAGGCAGAGGCAGAGUCAUGUGCAAAGAGAUAGCGGCAUAGCAGUCGAAGACGAUAGGCCAGUACCCAAGCCUACAGAUCAGGCAUUUCCGCCUCCGGAUGAGCCUCCGCCGGGCUACGAAGAAGCGCAGAUGGCUGGGGUGCAGGAGGAGAUUGAACGGCGGGCGAGUGGUGGGCGGUGA